GUCGCCGCCAACAUGGCUGCGCCCGCGGCACCCCCGGCCUGCUGCCUCCUCUCCCUCGCCUUGCUGCUGCCGGCGCUGGCGGUGACCGCCGCGGGGGAGGCGGCUCCCGGCGGGGGCUGCGGCUGCAGCGCCAACCGUGGCGUCGGCGGCGGGCGAGAGGCGGCAGCGCGGAGAUACUCGGCGGCAGCGGCGGCGGGCCCGGGCAGGAGCGGUGUGCGGGGACCGAUGGUUCCCAUUCCAGGGGGAGUGUUCACAAUGGGCACUGAUGAGCCUGAAAUCCGGCAGGAUGGAGAGUGGCCUGCUAGGAGAGUCCACCUGAAGAGCUUCUACAUGGAUCAGUACGAGGUCAGCAAUGAGGACUUUGAGACCUUUGUCAACUCCACUGGGUACGUCACUGAGGCAGAGAAAUUUGGUGAUUCCUUUGUGUUUGAGGGAAUGCUGAGUGAAGAGGUGAAGGCUGACAUCCACCAGGCAGUUGCAGCUGCUCCUUGGUGGUUGCCUGUGAAGGGAGCCAACUGGAAGCACCCUGAGGGCCCUGACUCCAGUAUCUCCAACAGGAUGAAUCAUCCAGUUCUUCAUGUUUCCUGGAACGAUGCUGUGGCAUUCUGCACAUGGGCUGGGAAACGACUGCCAACCGAGGCCGAGUGGGAAUACAGCUGCCGAGGGGGGCUGGAAAACAGACUUUUCCCGUGGGGCAACAAGCUUCAGCCAAAAGGCCAGCACUAUGCCAACAUCUGGCAGGGAGUGUUCCCAACCAACAACACUGCAGAAGAUGGGUACAAAGGGACUGCACCUGUCACUGCUUUUCCUCCCAAUGGAUAUGGCUUGUACAACAUAGUAGGGAAUGCCUGGGAGUGGACCUCAGACUGGUGGGCUGUCCAUCACUCAGCACAGGAACUUCACAACCCUAAGGGGCCUGCGUCAGGCACAGACAGAGUGAAGAAGGGAGGAUCCUAUAUGUGCCACAAGGCUUACUGCUACCGCUACCGCUGUGCUGCCCGCAGCCAGAACACUGCCGACAGCUCCGCCUCCAACCUGGGCUUCCGCUGCGCAGCAGACUCCCUGCCGCGGCUGCCCUGACCAGCUGCGCUCACACCGAGGGCUGCAGGGGUCACUGCCACCUCAGGCCGAAGAGACGUGACACACCCCAGACCAAACACCAGCGCUCGAACUUCCCACCGAGGGCGGAACAAUCCAGCACAACUCAACAGCACUCGGAGAACCUUCCUGGGUUUGUCUCUGGGGGAGCUUGGCCUGGACUUCAUCCUGCCCAAGUGUUUUAAUGGUGCAUUCCACUGGGCUGAGACAGAGGAGGCUGCGGUGAUCUAGCAGCAAGCAGAGUGUGUUGUGAAAGGUUGGUUAAUAGCUCCUUCAGAAAGGUUAUUUAUGGCAUAGUUUUAUUUGUUAAUUAAAUCACAAAGGCAUCUUUACAUAGUUGGAAUUUCUACAGGGACUUCAUUUUCUAGAGGGCUUGAAAUAAAUCCUGAGGCAGUUAAAUUCUAGGCAGCUUUGUAAGAUGGAAGGAGGCAAGAGUGAGGACUGGCAGGCAGCUGCCUAGGCAGACAGUGUAGCUUUUGUGUUAACACUCCUGCUGCAGGGAAAAUCAGGUCCAGAAAUGAUGGGUUUUGUUCUAGGUAGAUCCUUGCUGCUCUAGAGUGCCUUCUGCAGCUGAGGGGUGGCAAUUCUCAGGGGCAUGGUGGUCAGAAAUGUUGUACAUGCUGGAAUAAACUCUAAGCAUUUCUUUGUGCUGCACUU